AUGGAGGACAAAUAUGUGUCUACUCUCCAUCCACUGGUGGACUAUGCAGCCGGGAUCUUCUUGUUGAUUGUAGCCAUUUUGAGUGCACUGGGGAAUCUGGCCGUACUCGCCACAGCGGUAAAAUGUAAAACCCACUUGAAGUCCCCAGACCUCCUUUCAAUAAACUUAGCCAUAACGGACUUUGGCAUGGCCAUCUCCAUGUACCCCCUGGCUAUUGCCUCUGCCUGGAAUCAUGCCUGGAUUGGUGGACAUCCAACUUGUCUGUAUUAUGCUCUGAUGGGAUUCUUCUUUGGAGUAGCCAGUAUGAUGACUUUGACGGCAAUGGCAAUAAUCCGCUAUCUGGUGACCAGCACAACCACAAGGUCCCGCAAUACGAUUAAGAAGAAAUCCAUCUACAUCCUAUUAGCUGGCAUAUGGCUGUACGCAUUGCUGUGGGCAAUAUUCCCGUUGGUUGGCUGGGGCCACUACGGGCCUGAACCAUUUGGGGUCUCUUGCACCAUCGCCUGGGCUGAGUUCCAGAAUUCCACCAAUGGAUUCUCAUUCAUCGUCAGCAUGUUCCUACUGUGCACAGUCACUCCGGCUGCAACCAUUAUCACCUGUUAUAGCAGGAUAGCCUGGAAGCUACAUAAGGCCUAUCAAGAGAUCCAUAACUAUGACAAGAUCCCCAACGCGGUCAGACUGGAAAGGAAGCUCACCCUGAUGGCAAUACUGGUCAGUUUUGGUUUUCUGGUUUCCUGGACGCCCUAUGCGGUUGUCAGCUUUUGGUCCAUGUUCCAUUCUAGCACAAGCAUACCGCCGACCGUCUCUCUGCUACCCUGCCUGUUUGCCAAGUCCUCCACCGCCUUCAACCCAAUCAUCUACUACGCGUUCAGCAAAACCUUCCGCCAGAAGGUGAAACAGCUGAAGUGCUUCUGUGGUUGGAGAAUCCAUUUCUUGCAGUCAGAGAACUCGGCGGACAAUCCAGCAGUUUCCGUAAUCUGGUCGGCAAGAGAAAACAUACAGCUCUCCAAUGUUCCCAAACCAGACAAACUGACCAGCUCGACAAUAACCCAAUGA